GAGCCUCCCCAUUGGGCUUCCUGUCUCUUCAUUUAAGCUCGACUCUGCAGAAGAAACAAAGCACCCUUCCCAUUGGGCUCCUGGCUGCAGAACUCCAAGUCCUCACACAGAGACACCUUUUUGAGAAGCAGAGGGCAAGAAAGACGCAAGGCCAGAGGCCCUGCGAUUUCUGUGGGCUUAGGUCCCUACUGGCUCAGGCCCCUGCCUCCCUCAGCAAGGCUACAAUGAACGGGGGAAUCCCUUUUAGGCACUUGCUCCUGGUGCUGCAACUGGCGCUACUCCCAGGAGUCACUCACGGAAAGACAGUGGUGCUGGGCAAAAAAGGGGAGAUGGUGGAGCUGCCCUGUGAAACUUCCCUGAAGAAGAACACGCAGUUCCACUGGAAAACCUCUGACCAGAUAAAGAUUCUGGGAAUUCAGAACUCCUUCUUGACUAGAGGUCAAUCCAAGCUGGCUGAUCGCAUUGACUCAAAGAAAAGCUCUUGGGACCGAGGAUCCUUUCCCCUGCUCAUCAAGAAUGUUCGGGUAGAAGACUCAGAGACUUACAUCUGUGAAGUGGAGGGCAAGAAGGAGGAGGUGGAAUUGCAGGUGUUCGGAUUGACUGCCAACCCUGACACCCACCUGCUUCAGGGACAGAGCCUGACCCUGACCUUGGAGAGCCCCCCUGGUAGUAGCCCCUCAGUGGAGUGCACGAGUCCACGGGGUAAAAGGAUACAGGGGAUGAAGACCCUUUCCUUGUCUCAGCUGGAGAUCCAGGACAGCGGCACCUGGAAAUGCACGGUCUCCCAGCACCUGGAGCUGGUAUUCGAAAUCAACAUCGUGGUACUGGCUUUCCAGCAGGCCUCCAGCACAGUGUAUAAGAAAGAGGGGGAGCAGGUGGAGUUCUCCUUCCCACUCGCCUUUGCAGCUGAAACGCUGACGGGCAGUGGCGAGCUGCGCUGGCAGGCGGAGAGGGCUUCCUCCUCCAAGUCCUGGAUCACCUUCAACCUGACGAACAAGGAGGUGUUUGUAAAAUUGGUUACCCAGGACCCCAAGCUCAGGAUGGGCAAGAAGCUUCCGCUUCACCUCACCCUGCUCCAGGCCUUGCCUCAGUAUGCUGGUUCUGGAAACCUCACCCUGGCUCUUAAAGGGAAAACGGGAAAGUUGCAUCAGGAAGUGAACCUCGUGGUGAUGAGAGCGACUCAGCUCCAGAACAAUUUGACCUGUGAGGUGUGGGGACCCACCUCCCCUAAGCUGUUGCUGAGCUUGAAACUGGAGAACCAGGAGGCAAAGGUCUCCAAGCGGGAGAAGGCGGUGUGGGUGCUGAACCCUGAGGUGGGGGCGUGGCAGUGUCUGCUGAGUGACUCAGGACAGGUCCUGCUGGAAUCCAAGGUCGAGGUUCUGCCCACAUGGUCUCCCCCGGUGCAGCCAAUGGCCCUGAUUGUGCUGGGGGGUGUCGCAGGCCUCCUGGUUUUUACUGGGCUAGGCAUCUUCCUCUGUGUCAGGUGCCGGCUUCGAAGGCGCCAAGCAGAGCGGAUGUCUCAGAUCAAGAGACUCCUCAGUGAGAAGAAGACCUGCCAGUGCCCCCACCGGUUUCAGAAGACAUGUAGCCCCAUUUGAGGCAUGAGGCCCGGGAGAUCCCACUCGCAGCCUCCCCAGGGGUGUGCCCCACGUUUCCCAUUGGGCUCAUGGCCUGUGGACCAGAUGAAUGUAGCAGAUCCCAGGCCUCUGGCCUCCUGUUCUCCUCCACAAUUUCUCAUUGUUUCUCCUCGUCUGUUCCCAACCCCUGGGUUAGGCCCCAGCUUUAUCGGUUGAGUGUUGCUCUCAAUUUUCCAGAGGCUUAAUCACACCAUUCUUCCCCCAUUUUCUUUCCCUUCAAGCCCUAGCUCUUCUCUCAUUAUUUCUCUCUGACCCUCUCCCCACUGCUCAUUUGGGUCCCAGGGGAGUGUCCCGGGCCAGCCCUGCCUGGCAUGGAGGGUGAGGCUGGGUGUCUGGAAGCAUGGAACUCGGGACUGUUGUUUUACAGGACAGGACCCUGGGACCACAGAGGGCAGGAACUUGCACAGACUCACACAGCCAAGCCAGUCAAGGUCGGAUGCAGAUCCAAAGGUUUCUGACAGCCAGCACCUCCUGCCCCACGCCACCCGCCUCUCACCCUGUGUGGGCAGGGCCACAGACUCACGUCCUGACCUUGCACAAACAGCCUCUCUGGACAUAUCCCCAUGUACACAGCCACAAGAGAUGUUUCACAUCCUCUGUCUAUUUGAGACUUAAAAAACCCUACAAGGCUGGCAGUAACAGAAUGAAAACCAUCAUCUCGUUUAUAGACCAGAACCAGAACUUGGAGAGGCUAGACGAUUGAUUACCCAAGAUCAUACAAACGCUGGAGUUGGGACUAACCCAGGCCCCUUGUCCCAAGUUCCACUGCUGCCUCUUGAAUGCAGGGAUAAAUGUUACAUGACUCUCAGCAGUGGCUAGUGGUGGGUACUCAGUGAGUGCUUUUGGGUUCACAGGAGCACAGCACCCAUGGGAAGGCCCAUCUCAGAGAGUUUAUGAGCAUGGAUGAAGCCUCCCUGUCUAAAAUCUCUCCUUCAUCACCUUCUGGUGGCAGAGUCCUGUUACCAGAGGACAAAGACUUUGGCUCUCCUAAUCAGAGUGGAGGCUGGGAGCACAGGCCCUGUGGGAGAGAAUGCCCAGUGACCAGCCACUCACCCUGUGCAGAACCUUCUGGAAGUGAGCUUUGCUGGGAGACGGGAUGGCUAGCCUGAGAGAGAACCCUCUGAGGGACCACAAAGGUGAUUGUGCCAGCCUCUGUGCCUGCCCCACGCCCCUCUUUACCCUCCUCCAAGACCAUCAGGACACAGGGAAAUCAGGGUUACAAAUCUUCUUCCUCUUCUUGAUCCAUUUCGCUCAGGAUCCCCUCUCUUCCUACCCUUCCUCACCACUUCCCUCAGUCCCAACUCCUUUUCCCUCUUUCCUUCUCCUCCUAUCUUUAAAGCCUGCCUCUUCCAGGAAGACCACCCUGUUGCUGCUGGGGCUCCCAAUUUGCUUACUCUGCAUUUGUACCCACUCUCCACCCCUGCUCCCCUGAGCUGAAAGAAAAAUACAAUAAACUUACUAUAAAGAA